AUGCCAACCUCAUCCUCUGCGUCAUCAAAGUCUGCCACUGCAUCACCGAGGGGAUCAGCCGGAGGUGCUCGACAGAGAAAGGCACCGGCUUCUUCAGCUAGACGACCAGUUGCUCCAACUGCACAGAAAAACCCUGUUUUCCUAUUUUAUUCAGAAGAUUCUCCCGGAAUCAAAGUUGGACCCGUACCAGUACUAGUUAUGAGUCUGUGUUUCAUAGUUUCUGUAUUUCUUUUGCACUUCUGGGGUAAAUAUACCCGCAGUGCUUGA